AUGGGUAGCCUGUGGGGUCUAGCACGCCACCGGCUUCGUCACGUGCUCCAUUACAGGGACAACAUUGAAGAAUUAAGAGAGCAAACUAAGACACUCGGAGCUAGCAGAAAUAGAUUGCAACGAAAGGUUGAAGCUGCUGAAAGAAAUGGAGAAAUUAUUGAAACUGGUGUUCGAGACUGGAUUGCAGAAGUUGAUAAAAUUACUGCAGAAGCUAAAAUUGUUUUGGAAGAUGAAGCCAAAGCAAAGAUGUGCCUCAAUAUCAGGUCACGUUACAAACUGAGUAAGGAGGCAACAAAGAAGGCUUUCAAGAUUUUCCAACUCCAAGAGGAGGGAAAAUUCGAUAAUGUGUCUCAUCUUGCCCCUCCUCCACCUGUAUCAUUUCCAAGUUCCACGGCUAGCCACAAUGAUUCUGAAAGCGAGGAGGGAUCAUCUUUGGAAUUUUCAGACACUUUGGAAUCAAGACAAUCAAUAAUGAAGGAAAUUGUGAGGUCCUUGAAGGAUGAUAACGUCAGCACAAUUGGAAUAUAUGGAAUAGGAGGCGUGGGUAAGACCACGAUGGUCAAAGAAAUCGGCAAACAAGCAAAAGAAAGAAAGUUAUAUGAUGCAGUAGUGAUGGCAGUUGUGACUAAGACCCCAAGUAUUCUGAAUAUUCAAGGGAAUAUUGCUCGCAUGUUAGGUUUUAAAAUUUUGAAUAACAAUGCCACAUCAUCAAGAGCACAUUCCCUGAAGAAAAGAAUAAAAGAAGAGAAUAAAAUCCUUGUUAUAUUGGAUAACAUUUGGGGAAGAAUUGAAUUGGAUGAGAUUGGUAUUCCUUUUGGGAGUAACCAUAGAGGUUGUAAAAUUAUACUCACCUCACGAAGCAGAAAUGUUUGUAAUGAAAUGGUUUGUCAAAAGACAUUUUCUGUUGAAAGCUUACCAAAUCAAGAAUCCUGGGACUUGUUCAAGAGCAUUGUUGGCUUGGAUGUUGAAGAUUCUGAUAUCAACCAAUUUGCUAAAGUGAUAGUUGCUGAUGGUUGGCCAAUUGCGAUUGUAACUUUAGCAAGAGCGUUGAAGAAUAAGAACAAGCAUUUGUGGAGCAAUGCAGCAGAGCAACUUAAAAUGUCCUCUCCAACAAACAUUGAAGGGAUUAAUGAAAGCAUAGUUAGAGCUCUGGAGUUUAGCUACAACUGUCUAGAAUGUGAGGAAUCAAAAUCAAUGUUCUUAUUCUGCAGCUUAUUCCCUGAGGAUUUCCAAAUUCCUGUUGAAGAUUUAGUUCACUAUGGGAUGGGUCUACGGUGGUUCAAAGAUAUGACGUCAAUGGCAGAUGUCAAAGUCAAAACACAAAAUGUAGUAAGUACCCUCAUCUCAUCUUUUCUCUUGAUCAAUGACAAUGAAUGUGGUGAAGAAAGUGUAAAAAUGCAUGAUGUUGUGCACGUUGUUGCAUUAACAUUAGCACUUAAAUACAAUCACACAUUCAUGGUGAAAGAUGGCAUUAGACUAACAGAAUGGCCCAGCGGAGACACAUUUAAAGAUUUUACAAGUAUCUCCCUGAUAUCACAUGAUAUUCGAGAGGUACCUGAGGAGUUGGAAUGUCCAAACUUGCAAUCCUUACUAUUGCAGCAAAACUCUAAAUUGGUGGUCCCCGACAAAUUCUUUCAAAGAGUGAAAGAUCUGAAAAUUCUAGACUUGAGUCGAACAUGGAUUUUUUUGAUGCCUAAGUCACUUUCUUUACUUGUAAAUCUUAGAACAUUAUAUCUUAAGUUUUGCAAGUUGGGUGACUUAUCUGUAAUUGGAGAGCUGAGGAACCUAGAGAUUCUUAGUUUUUUUGGUUCUAAUGUCAAAGUGAUCCCUACAUCCUUUAACCAAUUAUGUAAUCUAAGGUUGUUAGACUUGAGACAGUGUAGAGAGCUAACACUGAUAUCACACGGUGUCCUAUCUUGUCUUCAUAAAUUAGAAGAGUUGUACAUGAUUAAAGGUUUUAGGCACAAGAAUUUUCAGGGUUCCCGAAAAGUUUUCGCUAAGCUUGAUGAGCUCAGGGCCUUGUCUCAUUUAUCAAGCUUGCAAAUUUUUAUGCCAAAUCCCAUUUUGUUACCUGAUAAAAUGCCGUUCCAAAACUUAUCUAGCUUUAUCUUAGAGAUAGGUGUGCAAGACGAUUAUUGGGAUGCAGAUAAGUACGCAAGAAAUAUGAUGCUCUCUCACAUGAAGAUUGUUGACAAAUUUGAUUGGAUUAAAAGUUUGCUAAAAAGAAGUGAGAAUUUAUUUUUUAGUGAAAUUCCCAAUUUUGAUACAAUCUUCCAUGACCUAGCUAAAGAAGGCAUGAAUGAAUUGAAGUCUCUUGCUAUCAAGUCUUGUGAGGUAGAAAGCCUGCAAAAUACAACGGAAUGGGCCGGGAACUUAACUUUCCACAAUUUGGAAGAAUUGCGCAUCAAUAAAACUCCGAAAUUGGUUGAAAUAUGUCAUGGUCCACUGCCAACAGACUCCUUCAGUAAAUUAAAAUUUUUGGAGGUGAAAUGGUGCAAUCUGAUAGUAACCAUUGUUCCAAGUCAUUUGUUACAGAGGUUACAAAAUCUUGAAACUUUCAAAGCAUCUGCUUGUAAUUCAGUGUUAAAUAUAUUUGAUUUUGAAGGGCUUGAGAAUGUAACUGGAGAAGCAAAGUUGUUCUCAUCGUUGAAGGAUCUAGAAUUGAUCAUGCUGCCUAAGAUGACACAUAUCUGGAAGGGUGACAUUCGAUUUGUAAGCUUGCAUAGCUUGAAGAGAAUAAAUUUGGAACAUUGCCAGAAGUUGGUAAAAGUAUUUUCACCAGCUCUACUACAAACAUUUGGUUGUUUGGAAAAGAUAGAGAUAAGUUAUUGUAGUAACUUGGAGGACAUCUUUGGAACAAAUGAUCAAGCCACAACCUCUCCAAAUUUGGGAAACCUGACGUAUAUUGCCAUAAGUUAUUGCAAGAAACUGAAAAACCUCUUUGAUCCGUCAAUUGUCAAAACUCUAGUAAAUCUCAGAAAACUGAAACUAUCACAUUGCUCAACAAUACAAGAAAUGGUCACAAGUGAAGGAGAAAACGGUGGAUCAACAUCGAAGAUUGUGUUUUGUAGUUUACUUUUGGUUACGGAAACCAAGUGA